AUGGCAACUGCUGCAGGUCCAAACACCACGAUUGGCUCGCAGUCGCCGGCCGAGAAGCACGUCCUCCGCCCCUUAUCUCCUCAUCUCCCCGUUUACAAGCCACAGCUUAGCUCGACGUCUUCCAUUUCCAACAGAAUCUCGGGGGCUUUCCUGACCGGCAAUGUACUGGUUUUCUAUCUUCUUUGCUUGAAGACAGGUCCUCUUUGCCUCACCUUUGAGAACUUCUACCAGUUCCUAUUUUACUCGUCGAAACUCACCCUGGUCUCCGCUGAGCUUGCUGCCUUGGCCAUGUCCUAUCAUGUGUAUGCUGGGGUUCGUCAUCUGUUGAAGGAUUUCUCCGGGGUUUCCUUUAGGAGAUGA